AUAAAUGAUAUAUAUGCUGCAGAUUGCGGAGCAUAACUAUUCUGUAAACUUGGUGAGAGUGCCACUUCAUCUGCUACCUUCAACAGCAGCUUCCAUAGUUGAACCUCGAUCUCUGAUGUUCUAAACCAAAAAUGCUAUUUCAGUUUCAUGUUGAAUGGCCAGAAAGAAUGCUUUGUUUCUCAAAGAAAUCGUCACCGCCAAUAUUUUCUACGAGAACUCGACGCUCUUGGCAGAGCUCUUGGGUUCUUGCAUCAGUACCAGAUCAUCAUUGGGCGUGCGUUCAGUGCACGGGAGGGUCCUGAAGAAUCAUUUCAGCCGCGAGGUCUUCAUCAACAACCGGCUCAUAGAUGCGUAUGGGAAAUGUUGGCGGUUACUAGACGCCCGGAAGGUGUUUGAUCAAAUGCGUGACAAGAACACCUUUACUUGGAACUCGAUGAUCAAUGCAUUUACAGCAUCUGGACUACUUGAUGAGGCUGAGGAGCUGUUUUCCUCGAUGCUGGAGCCUGAUCAGUGCUCAUGGAACUUGAUGGUUUCGAGCUUUGCUCAGUGUGAAAUGUUUGAUAUAUCCAUGGAAUAUUUUGUGAGAAUGCACAGGGAGGACUUUCUGUUGAAUGAGUACUCUUAUGGCAGCGCACUUAGUGCUUGUGCUGGACUUAGGGACUUGACAAUGGGUACUCAAAUUCAUGGUUCUGUGGCCAAGUCAAAAUACUCAUAUGAUGUUUACAUGGGAUCUGCACUUAUUGAUAUGUACUCAAAAUGUGGAAAUGUGGAGUGUGCUCAGAAGGUUUUUGAUGAUAUGAGGGACCGCAAUGUGGUCUCAUGGAAUAGUUUGAUCACAUGUUAUGAGCAAAACGGGCCUGCUAGCAGAGCCCUUGAGAUUUUUGUUAUGAUGAUGCACUCUGGGUUUGAACCAGAUGAGAUGACCUUAGCAAGUGCCAUAAGUGCUUGUGCGAGCUUGGCCUUAGUUAGAGAGGGCCGUGAAGUUCAUGGCCGAGUUAUGAAGUGUCAUAAGUUUAGAGGUGACCUUAUCAUAAGCAAUGCUUUGGUGGAUAUGUAUGCAAAGUGUGGCAGGGUUUAUGAGGCAAGACAAAUCUUUGAUAGGAUGCCUGUAAGGAGUGUGGUCUCUCAUACCUCUAUGGUAAGUGGUUUUGCAAGGGCUGCAAGUGUGAAGGCCGCUAGAGAAAUGUUUACUGGGAUGAUGGAAAAGAAUGUGGUGUCUUGGAAUGCCCUUAUUGCUGGAUACACCCAAAAUGGGGAAAAUGAGGAGGCACUGGAGCUCUUUCUUAUGUUAAAACGGGAGUCAGUUUGGCCAACUCAUUAUACCUUUGGGAACCUUCUAAAUGCAUGCUCAAAUCUGUCUGAUCUGAGGCUUGGCAGGCAAGCUCAUGCCCAUGUUUUGAAACACGGUUUUCGAUUCCAGCAUGGACCAGAGCCCGAUGUUUUUGUGGGGAAUGCGCUAAUAGAUAUGUAUAUGAAGUGCGGGUCAGUUGCAGAUGGUAGACAGGUUUUCAAAAAUAUGAUUGACCGAGAUUGGGUUUCCUGGAAUGCAAUAAUAGUAGGGCUUGCCCAAAAUGGGCAAGCAAUCGAAGCUCUUGAAAUGUUCAAGGAUAUGCUGAUAGCCGGGGAGAAGCCAGAUCAUGUUAGUAUGAUUGGAGUUCUUUGUGCAUGUAGCCAUGCGGGGCUAGUUGAGGAGGGACGCCAAUAUUUUUAUUCUAUGAGGGAAUAUGAUUUGGAACCUUUGAAAGACCAUUACACAUGCAUGGUGGAUAUACUUGGUAGAGCUGGUUGCCUAGACGAAGCAAGGAAUUUGAUAGAAUCAAUGCCAAUGUCCCCCGAUGGUGUUGUAUGGGGAUCUUUGCUUUCUGCUUGUAAAACUCAUGGUGAUAUGGAGUUGGGUAAGCAUGUAGCCGAGAAACUUUUGGAGGUUGAUCCUGAAAACUCGGGUCCUUACGUCCUUCUCUCAAACAUGUAUGCUGAGGUCGGGCGCUGGAAAGAUGUUGCAAGAGUACGUAAACUAAUGAGACAUCGCGGUGUUGUUAAGCAGCCCGGUUGCAGUUGGAUCGAAAUAGAGAGCCAGGUUCAUGUAUUCAUGGUUAAAGAUAGAAGGCAUCCACAGAAGGAGGAAAUACAUCUUUGGUUGAAAAGUCUGACAAGAUCGAUGAGGCUCUUUGGAUUUGAAGAUGAUUUGGAUGGUGAUGAGUUGAACAGAUGUAAGGAAUUGGGUAUGGGUCGUUACCAUUUUGUAGGUUGAUGUAAAGAUGAGAAAUCAUUAGUGUUUCAAUUUAUUAUUAUUGAAAUUUGUCUAAUUUGAGAGAUGGAGGUCAGCUAUCUCUCAGCCCAGAAGGCAACCAAAAAUGUGAGAAAGCUGCAGUUAGCCAUUACAAUCAAGUAACUUUUAUUAUUCUUCGAUAUUGCCUAGAAUGCUGGAACUCUGAGGAUCCGAAGAAAACAAACUCUAUUUACUAGACAGGUGAUGGGGAUAUGAGCAGUGUUAGAUUUUUUGAUAUAGGAUGAUGAUGAGCUUGAUUCAUUGCGGUGAAUUUUCAUUUGGUAAAUCUGUUCAAGUAUAUAAA